AUGAGUAAGGAAGAAUUGCCGUUAGAUAUUGAGGACAGCUAUUAUCAACAUCAGCCAAUUUUACAAGACUUUUCAUAUUUUGGAUAUUAUCCACCAAAACAUAUAGUAGAUGCUCAACAAGCAGUCAAAUCAAAAUUGAUAAGGUCUGCCAAGAAAGAGGCAGCUGCAUCUUCAUCAGGAAAAAGUACUCUCCGAUAUAAAAAGUUGCAAGAACAAGCUAAAAAGACAAAGGAAACUAUAAAGAAUGAACGAGAGAAUGAUAUAAUGCACAUGUUGAGAAUUUUGAAAGGGCCUGAUACAGAGAAGGAUGAUCCAAUAUCAUUUGAGGAAAUUAGAAAUCUUCCAAUCGACAAUGAACCACCAACAUCAUCAAGAUCCUCAAGGUCCGAAUCAUCAAUAACCUAUGUAUCAAAACAACAAUCGCCUGUAAAAACAACAAGAUUUGAAGAUCCAAAACUGUUCAGCUUGACUGACAGAGAAGAUUUGCUCCCACCAAAGCAAAAACUGCUUGUUCUGGAGAGUAAAAUUACCAGACUCAAGGAGCUGAAUAAGCAUCAAGCUGUUGUAGAUUUGAGGACCAUGGCCAUUGCCCUAACAAAACUCUUGUAUGGUGGUCAAUCAGUUCGAUUAGCUGAGCAUUAUUUAGAUAUUGGUGACAGCUACACAAAAAUCAAAGCAUACGAACAAGCAAGUAGUUAUCUGAAAAAGGGACUAAUGCUACUCACGCAAAUAAUAUCAAACCAAUCAUUCCCCAAGUUGAUUAAUGAAGGAGCUCCAGAAGUUCUUGAUAUUGAGUUGGAAUAUCAGGAUGCAAGAAAAUUGCUCCCUCACGUAUUGCUUCAGUGUGGAAAGUGUUAUAUAGAUCAGGGCUUAAUGAAAGAGGCUUAUGGAUGUCUAAAGGAAGCCAAACGUCAAGUGGAUGCUCUCGAGGAAGAUGAAAGAGAUGUUACAAUUACCUUUGAUAUUUCACUCCAGUUAUCUUACCUGUACACCAGAAUGCAAAGAUAUGAUGUCUCCUUAGCCCACCUUAUUCAGGCGUGGGAAUCAAAAUUGAAUAUGAGUGGCACAUCUACGCAUCCAGAUAUUGCCAAAGUUUUCAGAGAAAUGGCCUAUGUACAUAUUAAAAACGGAACAACUAACGAAGCUAUUGAAAACUUCCAAAAGGCAAAGAAAGUUUAUGAAGAUCUAGGAACAGGAGUUGAUUUAUUGAAUGCAGCCGUAACCUCCUACACUAUAGCUGGUCUCUACAGAGAGUCUCAAAAUUUGAACAAAUCCAUCGAGUUUUACCAGGAUGCUUCCAAAGGAGUGGAAUCUUACUAUGGCCCAUAUCACAAAAAAACAAUUAGAGUUUUCGAGAAAUUUGCUAGCUCUGUACUUGAAGAUGCUCAAGCUAGAGACAAUGACAGGGAGGGAUUAACCAGAGCAAUCCUGAUCUACAAGGAAUUGCAAAAGAGAAAAACCAAACUCCAUGGAUCAGACUCCCAAGAGGUAGCAGUCACACUUGAGACCUUAGGUGAUAUUGAAUAUGCCAUGGAAUCGUAUGCUAACGCCUUACUGUAUUAUGAAAAAGCUUGGCUGUUAUGUGAAGAGAUAUUGGGUAGUUCAUCUUACAACACUAUAAGUUUGAAUGAAAAGAGAACCAGAACAAAACAAGUUGCUAAACAACAAGAAGAGGAAGACUUGAGAUUGUAA